CGGAAUCCCUGCUUUACAAACUCCUGGGAGGUUUAACAGUGUGUCGAGCCUGCUAUGGUGUCCUCCGCUUCAUCAUGGAGGGUGGUGCUAAGGGUUGUGAGGUGGUGGUGUCCGGUAAACUCAGAGGACAGCGAGCCAAGUCGAUGAAGUUUGUGAAUGGCCUGAUGAUCCACAGUGGAGACCCUGUAAACCACGAUGUCGAUACAACUGUGUGCCAUGUCCUCCUCAGGCAGGGUGUGCUGGGUAUAAAGAUUAUGUUGCCUUGGGACCCAAGUGGGAAGAUUGGACCCAAGAAACCCCUGCCAGACCAUGUCAGCAUUGCGGAGCCCAAGGAAGAGAUCUUACCCACCACACCCAUCUCAGAGCAGAAAGGUGGCAAACCAGAACAGCCAGCCAUGUCUCAGCCAGUUCCCACUGCAUAAUGGGAUUUUUCAACACUUGGAAUGAGACUGUGACCCAUGAAAGUAUCUUAAUAAAAUCAUAAAAGACA